UAUAGACGUUCUCUUUUCAAAAGUACAUAUAUUACUCGAGAUCUUUAAAAAAGAUAUUCUUCGAUCAAUGAAAUCCGAUUGAAAUCGAUCAGUUCUGCAAGUUCGUUGACUGAAUAUCUAAAAUUACAUACACCCACACGUGUAUCCCAUUAUAAUUACGAAAAUCAAGAUAUCCAGUGAAGUUGAGAAUGAAAUUAUUUUAUAUUUUUAUAUUCCGCGUUAAAUACGAUUAUAUUUUAUCAACGAACCGAAAACGAACAACUUUCUUGUUCCUUUUGAUGACUGUUCAUUCGUUGAGAGUCGUGGGUAGUGAUGCUCGUCCGCCUACGCGACACAUCGAUGCUUGGCAAACCUCUCGAAUUCAUUCGAUAUUAGAUGCUUGAUUCUAUAUACCAUUCGUCCGUUCUUUAUAGAAUCUUUGAAUCUUAAAACUAUGUCUACGUAACUAUGCUGGGAAUUACUUGCUACUGUGAAGGACACUGCCCGGACGACCGACAAAACGGUACUUGCGAAGGAAGACCCGGUGGACAUUGUUUUAGCGCUGUAGAGGAAGUGUGGGAUGCGGAACUCGGAGAAUAUGUUCCAGAAUGGUCCUUUGGAUGUUUGCCACCGGACGAGCAGGGUUUCCUGCAAUGCAAGGGCUACCUCGUUCCACAUCUACAAGGAAAAAACAUAAUUUGUUGCAACAAGACAGCUCUGUGUAACAAGGAGUUAUUUCCAGAGUACAAGCCUCGUCCCACCGCAGCACCAGAUCCUAUAGCUAUUGCUUCUGGAGCACCGCUCAUCAUACUAGCUGCUUCAUUAUCUGUGUGUUUAACUGUUAUUUUGAUAGCAAUGGUGAUCAUAUAUCAUAGGUACAGAAGAAAAGAAAGAGGCCCAUGCUUAGUACCUUCUCAAGGAACGCUUAGAGAUUUUAUAGAUCAGAGUAGUGGAUCAGGUUCUGGACUACCUCUUUUAGUACAAAGAACUAUAGCUAAACAAUUGGCUUUAUCGCAGUGCGUGGGAAAAGGUAGAUACGGUGAAGUAUGGCUUGCACGAUGGAGAGGAGAAAAAGUGGCAGUGAAGGUCUUCUUUACUUUGGAAGAAGCAUCUUGGUUUCGUGAAACUGAAAUCUAUCAAACUGUUCUAAUGAGGCACGAUAAUAUCUUAGGCUUCAUUGCCGCCGACAUUAAAGGAACAGGAUCUUGGACUCAAAUGUUAUUAAUUACGGACUAUCAUGAAAGAGGUUCUUUACAUGAUUAUUUACAAACCACCGUGCUAGACCAUGCAGGCCUAUUGGCUAUCUGUCUUUCCAUUGCAUCGGGUAUUGCUCAUCUGCAUACAGAAAUUUUUGGAACUCGUGGAAAACCAGCGAUAGCUCAUAGAGAUAUUAAAAGCAGAAAUAUUUUAGUUAAAAGGAAUGGUGAAUGUGCAAUUGCUGACUUUGGCUUAGCUGUACGUUUUAUAAGUGAAAGCGGAGAAAUCGAUAUUGCGCCUAAUACGCGAGUAGGAACCAGAAGGUACAUGGCUCCAGAAGUGUUGGAUGAAAGUUUGAACACAUCGUCGUUUGAUGCUUUCAAAAUGGCAGACAUGUACUCUGUAGGAUUAGUUUUGUGGGAAGCAUGUAGACGUUGUGUAACAGGUGGUAAGAAUUCCAUUGUGGAACCAUACGCCUUGCCUUAUCACGACGUUGUCCCAAAUGAUCCAGAUUUUGAAGACAUGCGAUUAGCUGUAUGUGUAAAACGUUUGCGUCCUGUUAUUCCAGCGAGAUGGGAUAACGAUCCAAUUCUGUUUGCGUUGAGUAAAUUAAUGGCAGAGUGUUGGCAUGCAAACCCUGCUGUACGUUUAACAGCACUUCGUGUUAAAAAGACAAUGUCAAAAUUACAUAUUGACAAUGCCAUUAAGAUCGUGUAGUGCUUGGCAACAUUACUCAAAACUGUUAUUCUCAUCUAGAUAAAAAAAAAUAUGUUCAACCCCUUGUAAAUAUGCCCUUUGUGUACAUAGAACUAUUGACAGACUGCAGCCUGAAGACUGAGUACUAAAAUUUACAAAUACAUAAAGAUGGACAAGAAUGUGCGUGCAUUGCGUCUGCAUCUGCAUCUCCGUUCGUAUGUAUGAGUGCGUGUGUGUAUGGUGAAUGGAAAUUGUGAAUAUUCGAAGAUAAUUACGUGUAUCUGAACGUGUUAUAUAUAUAUAUAUAUA